ACAGUGUUUGUUGGAAAGAACAAGCUGCAGAAAGAUCCGCUGCGCUCCUUCCGCUGGCAGGGCUUCAAGCUGGAAGAAUAUCUCAUCGGCCAACCCAUCGGGAAGGGCUGCAGUGCCGCGGUGUAUGAAGCAGCCAUUCCUUUCUCCCAGGAACGUGCGGAGAGCGGCCGCCUCGCAGGGCAGGGGCCAGCCGUGCAGCGGGACCGUGGCUCAGCUUCACAGGCGGCUGAAGAGGAGCCCGGAGAGAAGCACCGACCCAAAGAGGCUUUUCCAUUAGCUAUCAAAAUGAUGUGGAACAUUUCGGCCGGUUCGUCAAGUGAAGCCAUCCUGGAUGCUAUGGGCCGAGAGCUCAUUCCAGCCACAGGGGCUGCCUUAGCUGGUGAAUAUGGAGCCGUCUCUGGCCGCAGAAAACCUGUCCUUGGGAGGAAGAAGUUGCAACCUCAUCCGAAUAUAAUCCAGGUGAUCCGAGCAUUCACGUCUUCUGUCCCUUUGCUGCCUGGAGCCUUUGCAGACUAUCCCGAUGUUCUUCCUUUGAGCCUGAAUCCCAGAGGAAUCGGUCACAGCCGCACGCUCUUCUUGGUGAUGAAGAAUUAUCCGUGCACGCUGCGCCAGUACCUGAGGGAGAGCAGUCCUGACAUUCAUCUCUCCACGAUGAUGAUUUUACAGCUCUUGGAAGGCGUGGACCAUCUUGUUCGACAUGGAAUAGCGCACAGAGACCUGAAGUCUGACAACAUCCUGGUUGAAUUUGAUUCUGCUGGCUGCCCCUGGCUGGUGAUCACGGACUUCGGUUGCUGCUUGGCAGAUGAAAACAUUGGCUUGCAACUGCCUUUCACCAGCCCUUAUGUGGAUCGGGGUGGCAAUGGCUGUCUUAUGGCACCCGAGGUGAUCACAGCGUCACCUGGUCCGGGCAUGGUGAUCAACUACAGUAAAGCCGACGCUUGGGCUGUUGGAGCAAUUGCCUAUGAAAUCCUUGGCCUGCCCAAUCCUUUCUAUGGCCACGGGGGCGCAGCUCUGGAAAGCAGAAGUUACUGUGAAGACCAGCUGCCGAGCCUGCCCCAUCACGUGCCCCUUGAGGUGAAGCAAGUGAUAAAGAUGCUGCUUCAGAGGGAUCCCAACAAGAGGUUGUCUGCUAGAGUGGCUGCUAACGUGCUUCACCUCAGCCUCUGGGGUGAAAGCGUUCUCACAUCCAAGACCCUGAAACCUGACCAGAUGAUCGCCUGGCUUCUCUGCCAGUCUGCAGCUGCCUUGCUGAUGGACAGACUGGUGGAUAAAAGCCGGGUAGAAACCAAAAUGAAGAUGUGCUUUUUGGCAAACCUUGAGUAUGAAGACCUCUGGGCAGCGAUAUUCCUGUUGCUGGCCUGGAGAAGCCGGUCUGGGUGA